AUGGCGGACGGCGGCGGCGGAAGCGAGGCGGGCGAGGAGGGGCCGAGGGCGGUGGGGCCGCGGCCCCCGAGCGCUCGGGACUUGCAGUUGGCCUUGGCAGAAUUAUAUGAAGAUGAAGUGAAAUGCAAAGCUUCCAAAUCUGAUAGACCUCACGCUACAGCCUUUAAAAGCCCACGAACACCACCUCAAAGGUUCUAUUCAAGUGAACAUGAAUGCAGUGGAUUACAUAUAGUUCGACCUUCAACUGGGAAAAUUGUGAAUGAACUUUUCAAAGAGGCAAGGGAACAUGGGGCUGUCCCUCUGAAUGAAGCCACAAGAGCUUCGGGUGAUGACAAAUCUAAGUCUUUUACAGGUGGAGGAUACAGAUUGGGUAAUUCCUUUUGUAAGCGGUCUGAAUACAUCUAUGGAGAAAAUCAGUUGCAAGAUGUUCAGAUUUUGCUUAAACUGUGGAGCAAUGGUUUCAGCUUAGAUGAUGGAGAAUUGAGACCUUACAGUGACCCAACAAAUGCUCAGUUUCUGGAGUCCGUUAAGAGAGGAGAGAUUCCCCUGGAGCUUCAGCGACUGGUUCACAGAGGCCACGUGAAUCUGGAUAUGGAGGAUCAUCACGAUGAAGUAUACGUAAAACCUAGACUGAGGUUCAAGGCUUUUAGCGGAGAAGGACAGAAACUUGGGAGCCUCACACCUGAAAUAGUCAGUACGCCUUCCUCCCCAGAAGAAGAGGAGAAGUCACUACUUAAUGCAGUUGUUCUUAUUGAUGAUUCCGUGCCAACGACCAAAAUUCAGAUCAGGUUAGCAGAUGGGAGCCGUUUGAUACAGAGAUUCAAUAGCACACACAGGAUCCUGGAUGUUCGGGACUUUAUUGUACAGUCCCGUCCUGAAUUUGCAGCUCUUGACUUUAUUCUCGUGACUUCAUUUCCAAACAAAGAGCUAACAGAUGAAAGCCUGACACUACAAGAAGCAGAUAUUCUUAACACUGUGAUACUCCAGCAACUAAAAUGAUAUUGCUCCUACCCAUGCAGUAGUAUGUAGGAACGGUAAUGUGCCAUAUUAGUGAGGAAAACACUUAGAGCGUAAAAAGUUAUUUUUAUUAUUUAUACAGAUAAAUUUUGGUUUUAUUCUUAUUCUGUCUUCCAGCUUUGGUCUAGACAAAUUUGGACUAGGAAUAGAUCUUGAGAAAUAUGUCUGAGGUUUUAGCUGCAAGGGCUGGCUUCUGUUGAUAGCUUUUAAAUAUUCAGGCAAACCAGUGUGAUACAUGAUCAGAGUUAAUGCAACAACAUUUGUUUGCAGAGAAAAUGAACAAAACCCCAUUUUGAUAAAUGCAUUUGGUAAAAUCUGCACUAAAGUUUCUUGAUGCUGCAUUGAUCAACAGCCAUUAAGAAAUCUUCUGAUCAAAUACUUGGAAAAUUUUUCUGUAAUGUGUACUGAAAAGUAUCUGAUUUUGAAAUACUUUGAUCAUAUGAUAAUUAUUUCUCCUAUUAAGAUUUUACACAUCCUUUUUCCUUGCUGAUUUAGCUGUUUACUCGUGUCAGAAAAUACAGUUUAGCCUUGUAUUUUACGGGACUCUGACCAUCCUAAACUAGAAACAAAGACAAAGGUCAGCAGUUC